AAGUGUCGUAUAUGGUAAUAUAGUUGUGCUCUACAAAAUGCGCUUUCAGUUCUUGUCCUGCACAGAUUCAUAAUUGAAUCACCUUGGCCUAACGGUUCUUCUUCGACUUCUCCAGCACACCACUCACUGAGUGGCCGAUUCCAAUAAGCCUCAAGCCUCCUCUGCCUCUGGUUUUCCCAACAUUUCUUGGAUAGGCAGAGAAUGAUGAAGAGGGAGGGGAGACUGGUGGCCUAUUUAUACGCCUGUAGUGUGAUUGGGCUGGUUUUUGCCGGAUCUCUGGAUGUUUUUGAAGAUUUCAAAACUCUUUCUUUCCUGGAGAGUGAUGCGGGGUCCCCUUCUUCACCUGUUGCUCAACCUCUUAUGGUCGACCUAACUCUUAUCCAGGGAGCUGACUCCAAAGGAGCUGUCUGCUUGGACGGAACACUGCCUGGUUACCAUUUGCAUCGCGGGUCUGGAUCGGGUCAAAACAGCUGGGUCAUUCAGUUGGAGGGAGGUGGCUGGUGCGAUACUAUCAAGAAUUGUGUUUUCAGGAAAACGACACGCCGCGGUUCAUCGAAAUUUAUGGAAAAGCAAAUACCAUUCACUGGGAUUUUAAGCAAUAAAGCAGAAGAAAAUCCUGAUUUCUUUAACUGGAACAGGGUCAAGCUGAGAUACUGUGAUGGGGCGUCUUUCAGUGGGGACAGUAAGAAUGAGGCUGCUCAGCUUUAUUUUCGAGGACAACGCAUUUGGUCAGCUGCUAUGGAGAAACUAAUGGCUGAAGGAAUGCAAUCUGCCACUCAGGCUCUUCUCUCGGGAUGCUCUGCUGGAGGCUUGGCAUCCAUAAUACACUGUGAUGAGUUCAAGGACUUGUUUCCACAAUCAACAAAUGUGAAAUGCUUAAGUGAUGCUGGACUCUUUCUUGACGUAAUUGAUGUGUCUGGUAACCGCACGCUUCGGAAUAUGUAUGAAGGUGUAGUUAGGAUGCAGGAAGUGCAAAAGGAUCUGCCAAGUACUUGUACCAGCCACCUGGAUCCAACUUCAUGCUUCUUCCCUCAGAAUUUGAUUGCAAAUAUUAGGACUCCAUUAUUUAUUCUCAAUGCAGCCUAUGAUGCAUGGCAGCUCCAAGCUAGUCUUGCUCCAAAAUCAGCCGAUCCUCAUGGUUCUUGGGAUGCAUGCAAGCAUAAUCAUGCAGAAUGUAAUUCAACACAGAUCCAGAUUUUGCAAGCCUUCAGGAACCAAAUGCUAGAAGCCGUAUAUGUCUUCUCAAAGUCAACUCAAAAUGGUUUAUUCAUAAACUCUUGUUUUGCUCAUUGCCAAUCUGAGAGACAGGACACAUGGUUUGCUGAUGAUUCUCCCCUCCUCAAUAAUAAGAGGAUUGCUCAAUCUGUUGGAGACUGGUAUUUUGAUCGAGUUGAUGUUAAAGCCAUUGACUGUCCAUACCCCUGUGACAACACUUGCCAUAAUCUAGUUUUCAAUGAUGUUGCUUCAACUAUAUCAUUCUCUCAGUCCUCAAGACUAACCUUUACCACGCUAAAUCUGCUUAGUUCCAUUGUGAUGUCAUUAAUAUCUUCCAAAAGCACCAUGGGGUUUCAGUUUGAUCAAUGACACUUGAUUAAACAUGGAGAAGGCGGUUUCAGUUUGAUCAUUGACACUUGAUUGAAACAUGGAGAAGUGCACAGAGCUGCAACAGCAGGUGGAUGUGCUUGCUCAUAAGCCCCGAACACGUAAAAUACAUAAUUGAAGGCCAAUUUUUCAGCAGCCCAAUUAUCAUGUCUUUCUUGUGUUGCUUCUCGCAGCUGCCUCUGUUUUUCAUCAAAAUGAGUUUUUUUUUAAGACAUUGAGAAUCAAUUUUGGUAGAAAACCUCACAAUGAUGAACUUAUUUGAUUC